AUGAAUGCCAUGAACGAUGAGCUUCCCAGAAUACAGGAACAAGUUUACUAUGGACAUAUAAAUUCUCAUACUGAUGUUCUGGACAAAUUUUUAUCUGAAAGUGGUAUUCAGCGAUAUAACCCACAGAUUAUAGGGAAUGGCAAGGUCAAACCAAGAUUUAUAUCUUUCUCUGCAUCAAUUUUUGGAAAGGAAUCAGUGCUAAAUGACAUCCACUACUUGCACUCUCCUGAAUCUAUAGAUAAUUUGAAGCCUGUGACUCAUCUUCUUGCUGUUGACGUCUCCUCGAAGAAAGGGGUGAAGUUGAUUCAUGAAGGAAUACGCUAUCUGAUGGCAGGUUCUAAUAGUGCUCGCUUAGGAGUGUUAUUUAAUACCAAUCGGGAUGCUGAUUCACCCAGCCUCCUUUUUAUGAAGAUUUUUGAACUCACUGCAUCCUCAUAUAGGUCUGUCCAGUUUGCAAUGGAGACUACUUUGUGUUUUUUGCUUCGUGAGUNCUGCAUUGCGUUGCAGAUGGCAGGUUCUAAUAGUGCUCGCUUAGGAGUGUUAUUUAAUACCAAUCGGGAUGCUGAUUCACCCAGUCUCCUUUUUAUGAAGAUUUUUGAACUCACUGCAUCCUCAUAUAGCCAUAAGAAAAAGGUGUUAGAAUUCCUGGAUCAACUGUGCUCAUUUUAUGAGAGUGAAUACAUGCUUGCAUCUUCUGUUGUUGCUGAAAGCAAUCAAGAAUUUAUCAAAAAAGUCAUUGAGCUCGCUGAUGCAAAUGGGCUACCAUCUAAGAGCUAUAAAUCUGCUCUCUCUGUAUUUUCCAUUGACAAGUUAAAAAGUCAUUUGAAGAAGGUGGCACAAUUUUUAUACGGGCAACUUGGGCUUGAACAUGGUGUCAAUGCAGUUAUCACUAAUGGCAGGGUGACCCGCCUGGCUGGUAUUGGUACAUUUUUGAGCCAUGAUUUGCAUCUUCUAGAGUCUGUGGAGUUAAAGCAGAGGAUAAAGCACAUUGUGGAAAUUAUUGAAGAAGUCAAGUGGGAGGAUGUAGAUCCUGACAUUCUGACAAGGUAG